UGUCAGAGAUUCUGCCCCUCCCUGCAGGAACGGGCACACAGUGGAUGCCUCAUAAGUGUUUAGGAUCUGAGGACCCACUGUGUGCAUGGGGCACCUCGCUGAAAGCCUCACACACAUUAUUAUCUCAUUUGAUCCUACCACGAUCUCCUGAGUUGGGUGCGAUCAUCAUUCCCAUUUUAUAGAGAGGAAACUGAGGCUCAGAAAGAUGGAGUCCCAGGCCAAGUUUGCACAGGCAGCAAUAGUAACAAGCUGAUUCUAUUUGUGGUGCUAUGUGCCGGGCCUUGUUCAGAGCACUUUACAUAUUCAUGAGAAGCACAUCACGGCCCUUAGGCGUAGGUAUUAUUAACAUAGGCAUUUUAUGGAUGAGGAAGUUGGACGAAUGACUUUCUUGCCACGUUUAUCAAGCACUUGCUGUGUACUUUGCAUGUGCUGGACUCCGGGGUGCCCACCUCUGGUCUCAGGCCUGUGACCCUCCAUACCACCUGCAUCUCCCAGUUAAAUGCAACAUUGACUCCUGGACAUGGAUUAAACAAAAUCAGCCAAUGGUCACUGAGCUCCUCAGGUCCCACAUGCUGUCCGGAGCCUGACAUCUACCCUUCCUGCUCAUUAGAAUCCAGAUCCCGGCCGGAGCGAUUACCUGUUAAGUAGACUGCUUUGUCUGGUGGUGAGCAGCCUGUCACUGGGAGAAUCCAAGCAAGACUGCCAUGGAAGAGCAUUCGUACUCAGACCCAGCAGAGUUCCCAAAGUUUUCCAGAAGGCGGCGAUGCUGUGGGCACGGGGUGCAGCUGGUGCUGGUGGGGCUGGCGACCACCCUGCUGUGGGCCGGGCUGCUGGCCCUGCUUCUCUUCUGGCACUGGGACACUGUGCAGAACCUGAAACAGCUAGAAGUAACCGCUGCCCGGAACGUCUCUCGGGUUGCCAAGGACUUGGAAAGACACAACGGGGACCGGAUGGCCCAGAAAGCCCAGGCUGCCCAGGUGUCACAGAACAUGGAGGAAAUUCAAGCUGAACAGAAGAGAAUGAAAGCUCAGGACUCUGAGCUCUCCAGGAGCCUGGAAGGACUUCGUUCGGACCUGAGCAACCUCAAGUCCCUGAGCUUGAACGAGAGACACACAGCCUUACAUUCACUGGAAAGACUCCAGGAGGAGGUGGUGAAGCUGUGGAUAGAGCUACACACGUCCAACGGCUCCCUGUGUAACAUGUGCCCCGAGAAGUGGGUCAACUUCCAGAGGAAGUGCUACUACUUCGGUGAGGGCCCCAAGAGGUGGAUCCAGGCCCGGUUUGCCUGCAGCAAACUGCGAGGGCGGCUGGUCAGCAUCCACAGCCAAGAGGAGCAGGACUUCCUGGUCAGACAUGCCAACAGGAAGGGCACCUGGAUUGGCCUCCGGGACCUGGACAGAGAGGGGGAGUUUAUCUGGAUGGACCAGGGCCCCCUGAACUAUAGCAACUGGCGGCCAGGGGAGCCCAACAACGGGGGCCAGGGCGAGGACUGCGUGAUGAUGCAGGGCUCCGGAGAGUGGAACGAUGCCUUCUGCGGCAGCCGGCUGGACGGCUGGGUGUGUGACCGGCUGGCCACGUGCUGACCGCCCACCCGCCACCUCGGCCCCCUGGGGUUCACCGGGACGUGCUCCGAGACCCAGACCCUGACAGUCCCCAGCCCACCUGCCAGGUGCACCCCUGUGUCGCUCCCCUGCCCCAGACACAGAAACAGCCAGGCCCACAGCUGGGCUCUGAGGACCCUCAACCACUUGUGGCUGAGGGCCCGGCCACAUUUUCUCCUGCCCAAUCGGAAGAAGGGCUGUUGACCCACCCCCAGGCUCCUGCCAACUCCCCAGAGGGCCUGUCCCUUCCUCCUCAGCCCAGCUGGCUGUCCCCACAUCCCUGCCUUCGAGUGCUCAGAGGACCACCUCGGAGCAGUGGCGGCUGCCUCAGGCCCCGGUGUGCUUCCUCUGUCAGGCCCACCCACCGUCUGCUGGAGUCAGGAGGAGACCAUACCCCCACCCCACCCCUGGGGCCUGGUACACAGAAGGCACUCAGCAAAUGCCGGCAGGCCCAAGGGUGGCCUGCUCACCCAGUCCAAAGUGCUGGCCCCGUCCUGGCACGGGUUUCGGGGGGUGUAGGUGGCACCAGCCCCAGGCUUGGUCGGGGUCAGUCCCUGCACCAGAGGCUGAGGAGGGGGCAGGCCAGGACGGCAGGACACACCGCGUUAAACUCCUCGCCCGCCCACCCCACCCCCAAUUCCUAGCCUAAAAAAGGAACAACCAGUCUGCUCACGUGGUUCUCAGGCCCCCUGGAGGGGAAUCCAUGAGGAGAGGCCCACACUGGACCACCCAGGACCUGGGAGCCAGGGGCCGGGCCAAGGGGGCUGGGGAGGGCGCUCCAGGGGCACCCAGGGGUCCUGGGGCCAGGAAGGGCCAGGGCUAGAGCUAGCUCUAGGUCACCUGUUGUCUACCCACUGCUCACCCGAUUUCUGCCUCCUCCAGAUCCCCCUUGGAACUCCAGGCCAGUGCGUAACUGCCUACCCACUCUGCCCCUCAGGCCAACGUUGGGGUCACACUCAGCACCUGUUUCCCUCACUGCCCCCCACCCCCGAAUCCUCAGGGAAAUCCAUGUGCAGAAUCUGCCCUCUGCUCACCAC